GUUGAGAUUCGACCUCGGAAAGAUUUCCCAGGGUGAAAAAAUGGAAUACAAACUGGAAACUGUGACCAAGUCUUACGAAAAGUAUCGGAACCUUCGAUUUCCGUUGAAGAUUUGGAUUUUGCUGAACGCGCGUGGAAACCGUUUUUUGCGCUGGAAUCGAACGAAGACGUUGAUUGAGUUGGAUCGAGAAGGUACGGAGGCGUUUUUGCAGCGGCUCGAUUCCAUUUUCCGAUGCAAGCAACUGACUACCUUCUUUUGGUUGCUGGAUUUUUACGGAUUUGAGCCGGUGACGGAAAAUGAGAGCAAUUUGGACGAGAACAAGAAUUUGUUGCUGUAUAAGCACGUUUCUUUCAACGGAGAAAAUCGAGCUUAUUUCGAGCAGUUGCUUCGAAGUCCGAGACAGCGCGAAGUAAUCGACCAGGAACAGGGCGGAUGUUCCAUGCAUCAGGCUCGGAUUGUUCGGAACCACAAGGAAAUGGAAACGGGUUGUUCGGUGGAAGCGACCCGGUCCCAACUUUCGUCCAAUAGCUUCGCCCAGGAUAAGUUCAAUUUUCUGAUGGAAACCAAGUCCCUGGAGCUGUCGAUUCGAGAGGCUUAUGCCAACAUGGCCGUUGGAGAGGACGGAGUGGUUCCGAUUAUUGAAGUUCCUGGAGUUUAUUGCGAUGAACCGUCUGCUGAUAUUCCAGGGUACACCAAAGAGCGUAAAAUUGCUGGCAAUUAUGGUCAGGUCAACUUGGAAGAUUUGAAGAGAUUCUUUGGAAAUUAUCUACCGGUUUACGAUGAUUCUGUUGAGGCUCAAAAUGCACGGGAUCCCGAAGAGGCGGAACAGGUCGAUAAGAGUGACGAUGAAUUCGAGUUCAAAGCGGAUUCCCCAAAAAUUGCUUCGCCAGAAAAAUCCGUUUCACCGAAAUCAUCUCCAUCGCCACCACCUCAAGUGUUCAACACUUUGGACACUUUCAAUUACAACGAAGAAACCAGCAGCGCUUCCGGAAUGGCGAUCGAAAAUCUGGAACCAAUCCUAAACUUCGAGGUUUCCAAUACGAUUGUCCCAGGGGGAGAACCGGGUGAAAUGGAGCUGUCGUUUUCCAUCAAUUUGCCGAUUCCGAGGGCGGCUGCCACUGCUGCUACCGUUGAGGAAGAGCAACCUGAACCAAGUACCGUCAUCGAUGAUGAUAGUAAAUGCUCCGAGCUGUUUAAUCCGGCCCAGUUUCAGCUGUGUGCCGAUAUCAGGGAGACGUUUGAUUUGCUUAAUGAAUUUUGA